CAUAUUUGUUGGCUGCUUGAUAAGUAGGACUGACUAUGCGAGACUUGGCUGUUGGUUGGUGGGAUACGCAGAUAAGCGAAGCCAUCCUCAGUCAGAGACCAACAAGCUCCCCGUCAAACAAGAGCUCAACACUUCCUCCUCCAGAAGUUUCCCAUUUUUAAACAUUUCCACCAGCCUUACAUCGAGAAGAAAACAGCGAAACGCCACAAAGUAGGGAAACCUGGGCGUCAGUGAUAAUUCUGAAGGAGCCAGAAAUUUCCUACUCCAGAACCAACUGCAUUCCAAACACACGCCAAAAUUGUUGAGACACAGGAUUCGAUGAUGGCUAGCGAGAGAGCUUCCGAGCAGCACGAGACGUUUCCGUUGGACGGGAUGGAGGUCAACCAGACGCACCGGAAGUUGCUCAGUGGGCAGAAAGUGCUCGUCCCCACAGCGGAGAAAGUGGAGAGUUCUCAAGAGAACGGACGACUUCCUCCUCACUCAGUCGGACCAACGCCACGUGGCGUUAACCACGUGCCCUCGCCUUCAACAAGCACGAGGUCAUCAAAAGUCAGGAGCAUUUUCCCAUGCAAAAUCUGCCUUUGUCCCUUCACCAACGCAACCAGUGCUCGCGUCCACGCCUGCACCCACUUCAACCCGGACGAACUGGAGGAGUCCUCCCUUUUCCACGCGAAAUGCCCCCACUGCAAAAAAAUGUUCUUCCAAGGACAAGUCUUUAUCCACCACGUGAACGCGCACGAAGGUCGCCAGAACCACGUCUGCCCCGUUUGUAAAAAGAAAUUCUCCACGAAACAGCAAUUGACGGCGCAUCUCUUCGUCCACCUGAGCGGGGAGGAGCGCGCGGCGGGGCGGCAGGGCUGGCGACACGGCUGCUACUUCUGUAAAGACCGAUUCAAAAGUCAGUCCCAUCUCAAUUGUCAUGUUCUGACCCACACCAAGGAAAAAGCUGGCUGGAGGUGUCACCCUUGUCGAAAAACGUUCUUCUCCAAAGAUUCCUUGACCAGGCAUCGUUUCGCCGCCCAUCUCUCCGAAGACGAGAAGGUCGCACGCGUGAAGCAGGGGACGAGUCGAGUGUGCUUAUUCUGCCAGAAGAAACUCCCCUCCAACGGCACUUAUCAUGCCCACCUGGUCUCCCACACGAAGGAGAAACCUUUCCCGUGCCGACAAUGUGGGAAGCUGUUCGGUCGUAAUAGUAACUUAAACUUGCACAUGCGCAUUCACACUUCGAACCCAAAACCGUACAAAUGCGACGAGUGUGAUCACCCGUUCAGUCAUAAACAUCACCUGACCAGACACCAGAAGACGGUACACCGGAAGUUGAAGGACAUCGCGUGCCUCCAGUGCGGCAAGAAGUUCGGGAGGAGAAGUGACAUGGUGCGACAUGUGAGGAGUGUUCAUGCCAAAAUCCGGCACCCCUGCCCCCAUUGUGACCAGACAUUCUCGAGGAAAGACUAUCUUGGGACACAUUUGAAGAUCGUUCAUCCCCCAAAGUGAAGUCUUUCCCCUGCUAAACAAAAGUGACCACGUGUCGUCCAUUCUUUAUAUUUUUAUAUUUUCCUAAUUUGACCAUUUAUGACAAGCUUAUUAUCCUCAUCCGACAGCUUAUCAGAUAUUUUCCAUGUUGUAUGUAUUUUUAUAAUUUUCUCAUUUCACUAUUUAUGACGAGGUAUUUAUUCUGAUAAAAAUGGUGUAAUUGAAUUAUUAAGGUGUAAACGUGUUUUGUUACCGCUUUGACCAUCACGAUUUUUAAUUAUGGAGUAAAGUCGUUCUAUUUUUUGUAAAA